AAAUAGUGACGACCCUCUCUCUGCAAGCUCCGAAAAUUAUGACGUAUAAUGGAAGUGACUGGAGUGCGUGCGCCGUUCAUAAGUUCGCGACGUGUAGUUUUCACGUGCUUUGGUUCCUGGCAGGAUGAAGUUGGAGCUGUCCAUGGUGGUGCAGGGCUGUCGGCUAGGUGUGCUGACGGGACUGGGCAGGGCAGGACAGCACUCCAUAGAGGUGCCGGGGUGCCUGCUGUACACCCGCUGCGGCAGCGUGCCACACCUCACCCAGGACACUUUGCACACACUGAACAACCUGCCCUCUGUCACACAGCUCACCCUGAACACACUAGCGGAACACCAGGAAGUAUUGGAGGAGUUCAAGGAGGGAGUCAGGAAGUUUGCAGGUCUUCAUGACACGGUGUUGUACUGCUCCCUCCACGACCCUGCGACCUCAUGCCCCCCAGGUCACAUCACCAACAAGACUGUGUCUGUGUGGGGCAGUGGCGGUCGUAUCGAGCUGACGGUUGCGAAGUUCAUGGCUCUUCAGAAGGCUGUCCAGCCAGACCUGUACCAGAGCAUGGCAGACGGAGAGACUUGGCAGAUCAACACUUCUCGCAAGAGGGUCCGCAAGUCAGUGGACCGCACCCUGGCCCACCUGGAUGAGUGUCUGCUGCUCCACCACAAAACACAGGAGUUGAGUGGGGUGGAGGUGUUGGGGGUGGUGGAGGGAGGAGAUGUGCUGGAGGAGAGGGUGCGGUCGGCCAGGGAGACGGCCAAGCGGCCAGUAGGAGGAUUCUGUCUGGACGGGCUCCAUACUGCAGCCAUGGAGACACACCUCCGGACCCAGCUCAUCACCGCCGUCAUCAAGGAGCUGCCUGAGGACAAACCCAGGCUGCUGCAGGGUGUGGGGCGGCCAGACGAGGUGCUGGCGUGCGUGGAGGCGGGAGUGGACCUGUUUGAGAGCUUCUUCCCCUUCCAGGUGACCGAGCGAGGCUGUGCUCUCACCUUCCCUUUCAACAUCACCACUGACCCAGAGGCAGCAGGUACAGGUGUACAGGUACCCCCAACAGUUGUGGAGUUGGACAAGUCCGAAGCUGCUAUAGGUCAGAAGAAUGGAACCGAUAAUCCCCAAGAAGACCAGACCAAGAUGACUCCUUUUGAGAUCAACCUGAAAGAUAAUAGGUACAGAGAGGACUUCAGUCCCUGGUGGAGGGGUGUGGCUGCUACUGCUGCAGGAACCACCAGAGGGCGUACCUACACCACCUUCUGGUGACCAAUGAGCUGCUGGCUGGAGUACUGCUCAUGCUCCACAACACGGCCCACUACUACGCCUUCUUCACUGCCCUCAGGGGGGCGCUAGCCAGCGACAAGCUGGACCACCUCAAGAAAAGAGUACUGGAAGGACCG